AUGGGGAAUUUCGCAUCGAGUGAUGCUUCUUCAGUCAAAGAGGCGCAAAGGGUAUCAGCAACCAGCUCCACACCACCGGUGAACUGCUGCCGGGUGCCCAAGGACUCAAGGACAAGGAGGACGCACCACUGGGACUCUGGGAGCAUUCAAGAUUGGUUGGAGAUGGCGGAAUUGGCCGAGCCGCGGGUGUACAGCUGCCGCCAUUGCCGGAACCGCGUCUGCCUCCACGACGAUAUCAUCUCCAAGGCCUUCCAGGGGAGGAAUGGCUGCGCAUUUCUCUCCUCUCACGCCAUGAACAUCACCACGGGGGCCAAGGAGGACAGGCAGUUCAUGACGGGGCUUCACACGGUCGCCGACAUCCACUGCCGUGACUGCCGCGAGGUGCUCGGAUGGAAGUACGAGAGAGCCUACGAGGAAUCCCAAAAGUACAAGGAAGGCAAGUUCAUAUUUGAAAAGGACAAGAUCGUGCAGAAGAAUAGGUUCCUAAUUCAAUUGGUGAAUCGGAUUGGUUGCAGCAGAGAGAUGGCGGAACUGGUUGGGCCGCGGGUGUACAGCUGCCGCCAUUGCCGGAACCACGUCUGCCUCCAUGACGAUAUUAUCUCCAAGGCCUUCCAGGUGAACAACUUCACCCAGGGAAGGAUAAUUUAUUUUCUUUUCCUUGGUCAUUACUGA